UCUGUGUUGACAUCUCUCAAUCCAACAACACCAGCAUCUGCUGAAAAUUCAGGAAUCAUUCCUCAACUCCAAAACAUUGUUUGUACAGUAAACCUUGGUUGCAAGUUGGAUUUGAAAAAAAUAGCUUUGCAUGCAAGGAAUGCUGAGUACAAUCCAAAACGAUUUGCAGCAGUGAUAAUGAGGAUCAGGGAACCCAGGACUACCGCAUUAAUAUUCAGCUCUGGCAAAAUGGUUUGCACAGGAGCAAAAAGUGAAGGAUUGGCACGAUUAGCCGCCAGAAAAUAUGCAAGAAUUGUUCAAAAACUGGGAUUUUCGGCUAAAUUUCUAGAUUUCAAAAUUCAAAACAUGGUCGGCAGUUGUGACGUCAAGUUUCCCAUUCGUCUGGAAGGUUUAGUUCUCACGCAUGCUCAAUUUUCCAGUUAUGAACCAGAACUCUUUCCCGGCCUAAUUUACAGAAUGGUUAAACCGAGGAUAGUGCUACUUAUAUUUGUUUCAGGAAAGGUCGUUUUAACAGGUGCCAAAGAGAGAACUGAAAUUAAUGAAGCCUUUGAGAACAUUUAUCCAAUAUUAAAAGGAUUUAAAAAACAAUAA